AUGAUCUCCAGUUUCGCCACAUCGCUCAUUCUACCCCCCCGAGACGGCAGGCUUGCAGUCGCCGUCCUUGCGGCUGAAUCCACCGCAACUACAUACCUCAUCCAUGGGUGUCGCACUGAAAUCGUCGACCUAAAUGAAUGCGAUGGGUCCACUGUCACCAUGACCCUGGGGCCCUGGGCCCGCUCAUCCUCGCCUUCUGAACCUGCCAUCACUGGCGCGUUUGACGAGUUCGCCGUCUACGAGAAGGAGGGAAAGAAUUAUACGUACUCUGAGCACCGUGAAAUGAGCGGGACUGUUGCUCAGGCCUGCACUGUUAUCGACGAAGGCGCUAUUGAGGACCCAGUUACAGAGACUUUAACCCACGAACCUGGGAGAGACAACGAGGAGUUUACAUUUGCUCCAUACCCUGUUACCAUCACCCAGGGUCUGGAUCUACUUGUAGCUGCAGAGUCGUCAUUGUCUAAGAGCACUGAGACAGACGGUACUGAUGACGACGCGCCUGGGGCCACGACGAGCGAGCCAACUCUUACGAGGGGCUCUACAAGUGAGACUAAAGCUUCUGGAAGUGCGGCAGCUCAGGAAGAGACUUCGGCCGGAGCCUCACGUAUUCCUCGCAUCCUUGCUGCGGUAGCUGCUGUUUUUAUCGCGAGUACCAUGCUGGUCUGA